AUGCGCACUAUAAGACGAGGCAGCAUUCACUAUAAUUAUUUUGAGUUUAGAAAGUGCGUUACGUGCUUGUGGCUGCCCUUCAAUGCAUUUUGGGACCGACUGGAGAGGCACAACCCUUUUCCCGUUUCGCUGGUCCGGGAGGCUGAGACAAACUUGUUGGAGGACUUGGGUAGUAUUCGGGCCAUAAUCGCCCAACAGGAACGGGGUCUGAACCGACAGGCCAUUCAACCUCGGCCCAGUAAGGCUACCCUGCUAGUCAAUCCUGGUGACCGGGAUCUAAACUUCCCACUCCUCGAUUCCCGCUAUCGCAUGGUAGAACAAGUCGAGCCAGUGAGACGGAGCUUCUCCUGGACAUUCAUCGCUAUGUUUAGUGCAACUCCAGCUGCCAGAACAUUUUGGAUUCGCCAUAGCAACGCAAACGACUGCCCAGCACAGGAGCGCUGUCAUCACUGGCGACAUCUGGAUGGGGGCGAUUGGUUUACGCCGGAAGAAAAUGCCGUCGAUCUAAAACUAGCAUGCCUAGUGCCAACAUAUUCAAAAUGUAUGAUGACGAGGUACAAGAAGGGGAAGGGAUAA